AUGUAUGUAGAUCAUGGUGUAUAAAUAAAGCAUAAUAUGCGUAUCAUCGAAUCGUAAUGGCAUGAUUAUUUUUCUUUGUAUCUUGUGCCAGACAAUGCGGUAAGAGAGUCGUGCAAAGGGUUAAACCUCCCGCACUCGAAAUGGAUACAGAUUGCUGUAAUCGUUCUCUCGUUGUUUCGUUCGACGCUCAUUUCUGGAUACCAAUUCGUCGGCAACUCCACGAUUCAACGAGUAACGAAUUCUUUUCAUAUUUUCCCGACUCUGGCUUUUUACACGAUAACACAAUGUGUUUCGAUGAUAUAUAUUUUCGCCUGCGUCAGCUCGAUAUCUCUUGCAUUCGAAACUUAUUGAGCGCGAACGCGAGUAAACAAGAUAAAAGAUAAUCGCACCUGCUUAAAGAUCGAACUUUCGUUGCUUCCUUGUUCUUUCGUUGUCCGAAAAGGAAAAUUGGACGCAUGCCCGUGAAUUCUGUGUCGUUGAAUCGCUAUUGAAAUCGAAAAUGCAACACGUUGCCCGUGGUACGAUUACCAGGCGGAGCACGUUUCGAAAAACAUCUGCUUUCGCAGCUUCAAUUGCCAAAGUUUCUCAUUUUACGUGAAUCUCUCGUCUUACUUAAUUGCAUCUACGUGCGUAUCAUUUACUCUGGCAGUGCCAAGCACUCCGUAUCAAAACAACGAGGAUUCGUUUGCCAAUGAAAACCGGGGCUGGCCUCUCGUCAAUCCGCAAAUCCGUAUUUUUAGGUUUUUCAGCGAAUCAACAAUCGGCCACUGUCUCUGACAUUCAUCUCGCGAUCUCGCGUCUCGAUGUCUUCAUUUCGAUUUCGAAAACUGACGCGCCCGGACGCAUGGCAUCCAGCGCGUCAGAUUCGCGUCAAUUACGUAAAGAGGGAAUAUUUUCUCGCUUUCGACCUUGAAGCAUCGAGUUCGUGCAAUUACAGACCGCUUCUCUUCCAAUGACCGCAGAUCGCUGACAGCCGAGUAGCCUUUGGUUUGUUGGCUCGAGUUUUUUACGUAACGUCGCGCAGUUCGUAGCUUAGUAUGUAAGCCGGCACGGCGUUCAAGUUUUAUGUAACAUUUCGAUUCGCGUGCGAAACUGCUUCGUUUAUUAAUUAUUUGCAAACACGUGUAUCGAUUCGCUGUCUAGCGUUAAUCUUAUCAACGUGCCACUUUCCCGCUGGCUUUACGUAACAAACACGAUAAUUGUCUCUCGAGUGUAAACUAAUUCCAAUCUUUCGUCAAAGUUCACUUCUCGCGUUGUGCCGAUUGUUUUCGUAGAAUGUGGCCAGUGAACCGAGGCGGAAACUGAAAGCUCCUCGUUGCAAUCGUUUCGAGGACGAUACAGUUGUUACACGAGCGAAUUUCUGGCGCAAUUUCUUCGGCUGGAUGCGGACGCGCGUAGAGAACCCUCGAACAUCUUUCCAGCCGGUUUUUACACGGUCGUUUGAGGUACUCACGUGUCGGUGCACUUCACUCGUGAAAGUACAUAAUAGUUGCUUGAACGUAGAUUCGUCCAAUUAUCGCGUCCUCGUCCAUCGAACGCGAAUUGUUCAGUCAAUGUUGCGAUCUUUACCGUCUCUCGCUCGAAAGCUGCUGACACGGUCAUCGCUCAAAGGGGUGCACUUGGUCAACUGGCGUUUGCUUCAUGGCACGAAUUUAUUUAUUUUUCUUGCUCGAGUUUUAUUAUAAAUUCUCUCCUUCCCUUUUUUAAUAACGAUGAUUUUACGACACGAGCUUCGAACGAAGAUUUUACGACACCGUGUCUUUCGUUCGAAAUAUUGUCAUUGAAUUGCACGGAGAGCUAUCAUUAGCCAGGAAUGGGAAAGCACUGUUUAAAGCCGCGUCAAACUCGCGGCUUUUGUGGCCUAGACAGAGCUAUACGGCUGUGAAAAGUCAAUAUUUGUUGGCAGUUCGUUCCCUUUGAUAUUCUUUUCUUUCGUUCUUUUUUUCCUUCCACGUCGGAAACAGUAGGAGAUUAAAGGCGUGCUAAGUUUAAAGGGCAAAGGUUUUUUUUUUAAAUCUGAUUUCCCCUCGCUACGACGUAUUCCAAUGGGAAACCAGAUUCGCGGUGAGUCGUGUCCGAUUAUGAUUUUAAUUAAAAGUCGAUCAAUUAAAUUUUAUUAGAAUUCUGAAUUGAUGAUGUAUUAAUAACAAAUUUUUGAUAAGAGAAAAAAAGUAAACCAGUUAAAAAACGUUAUUUAUUGUUUGAUACAAAAAUAUCUUAAUUCAGGUGAAGAGUUCGUAAUCUAAACAAAUACGCAACAGAAAAUUUAACUAGAAGUUGUAAAUCAAAGUCUAUAAGUACAUACUCGAUAGUAUCACUUAUUAGUGAAUUCAUCGUAUAUCGAUGUUGUCACGUACAUACACCGACCUAUUCGUUAUCUACUUUACCUUGUUACGACUGACAUGGUAUUCAUUUCUAUACAUACCUAUCUCUUUUGCGAAUGUAACCGUCGAAAUGACACGUUUGUUCAAAGUCUCGUGGAUCGGUGUAACAAAUUCGACGCUCUUUAUCAUUCGCUUGCUUUUUUUUGUUUUUUUUCGAGCAGCAAAAGGAAAUCGUCACGAAAGGGGGGGAAGGGGGAAACGCGUUUGAGAAAAAGAACGCAUAACGUUUUAGAUGCGACGGCUGUGUUCUUUGUUGUUAAUAAUAAUCGCUUUCGCACACUUUCGAGCUUUUAGACAUAUUUUCUUAUCCAUUUCAUCGCUGUCCCUCUCGACUCUGUUGCGAGUGUAAAAAAGAAAAAAAAAAAGAGAUAAAAGGAAGAGUGGAAAAAAGAGGAGAAAACAGUCGUUGACUCGCUCGCGAGAGAACGUUGACACUGUCGGCUCUUUUCACUCGAGAGGGUCAUCGUGAGCGGGGAAAAGUUUGCUCGCGUUUUUCUCUGAUCCUUGCAACGACCAUCGACUCUUAUCUCUUCCGAGCUUUUCCUCUCUCGACAGCGUAGCGAAACAGCCUUAGGAAUCUAUGUAAAGUGUGUUUUCUGAUCAGUAGAAGAGGACUCGAAGACAACAGCGAAGGAUCUCGAGUCGCACGAGGAAGCAACUCUGCCCAAGGAGACUUCCUCGGCGAAGGAAGCUUCUGUAAAACAAUCUGUCAAGACUAAUCCACCGCCUACUAGGAUACCUACGAAGUUGACGCCUUUGAAAAAGUUAGAAAAAACGGAUGGCGCGAGAAAGAAGGAUCUCGCGAGCCAAGAGAGACAACAGUCUAAACGAGACGAUUUGAAAAUGGAUAAUCCUCUGGCGACUAACAGAGCCGCCAGGGACUACACAAACCUCAGGUUUCAAGAUCCGAGGUUCUACGAGUGUCCCAAGCUUUUGGAACCGGUCGCAUCGACCGCGGCUGUCGAUACGACCAUGGCCGCUACGCCGAAACAGGAGAUAGAUUUAAAGGAAGUGCUGAAGAGAUCAGAGUCUCUUAGCCCGAGGCACGAGAAAGACUGGGAACAGUUGUCCAGUAGGUUUAGCUCCGAAGAGAACAUCAUAGACAUCGAUAAACUCAGUGUCACCGCGUUGGCCAGGUCGGAGAAGUCUGAAAAGUUCGACAAGGAGAAGCAUCCGAGCCAGUUUGGCCAACAGAAGGAACUAACUUUGAGUGGUGGAGGCACUAUGUUUCUAAAGAGCAACAGGAGCAGGGACACUACUCCCAGUCACGAAGGUGCUAAACUGGACGACUUCAGGACCAUGUUGAUCCCGGAUGAGAGCAGUAACGUCGGUGGGGACAAGUUAAAAUCAAUUCUCAGGGAAAAACAGUCCGAAGAUGCAGAUGACAGACCAGUGGACGAAGAACGGAAGAGCGUACGCUUCGACAUAGAAAAGGAAUUGGACAUCAGGUUCACCUAUUCUAGAUCCGAGGACGACUCGGAGUCCGAGUCAGAGGAACAGGAGGUUCAGAUUUCGAAUCAAGACAUCGAUUGGAUUCCCUUGUCUCAGAAAUCGAGUUCCCAAAGAUUUAACGAGGAGUCUAAAGAGGAAUCCGAAGAUAAGGACGGUGGGGGCGUGAAAAAGAGUUCGUCGUCGGAGAAAAUCGUGGGCAAGAGGUUCGUCGUUCGGAACGUGCCAGAGAACGAGCAUCGUAAACGAUUCGUCCUUCAGAACGUUUCUGAGAAGGAGCAUCGUAUGCAAAUGACCAGGGACAGCCUGUCAGGGGAAAGCUUGUCGAGGGAGAGCAGCCUCGAUUACACGUACACGAAUAAAUUCAAUAAAAUCAAAAAUAUCGAUCUAGUGUCGAAAAGCGAGACAACCGAGUUCAGUGAUUCGGAAGUGCGCCGGAAGAACAAAUCGAAAGUCGAUUUCCCGCGAAACGAGCAAACCGACGACGACGAUACGUCGGACGUUCCUAGAGUUUAUCGCGAGCUCGAUCACGCAGAGAAGGAGCGCAGCGAAACUGCUGAGAAACAGGAGCAAAGCAGGAACUCCAAGAGCGAGACCACCGAUCACAGCGAUUCUGACGCUCGCUGGAAAAACAAGUCGAAAGUAGAUUUCUCGAGAAACGAACAAAUUGAGGACGACGAUACCUCGGACUUUCCUAAACUCUGUCGCGAGGCUGAGGGGAAACAGGAGCGGGGCAAGGACUUGGAGGAAACGAAAACGAAAUUGAGCCAAGAGCAUCAAAGGGAGGUCGAAGCCUUGAGAAAGGAGUACAAAGACAAGCUGGAUCAAACGAAGAGAGAGUUAGAGGAAAAUUUCAUGGAGCAGAAGAAGCAGCUGGAGAAAAACUUGAGCGAUAAGCUAGAAGAUUUGAGACGGAAGAUGGUCGAAAAGGAGGAACGAGAGAUUCAAAAGUUAAUCGCCGAGAUGGACGAAGCUAAAUUGGAAAAUCUAAGGAAGGUAAAGACCGAAUUGGAAAUAUGUUACGAAAAGGAGAGACAAGAGAUUCUUGCUAAUCUAAAGACGGAACUCGAUGAAAGAAAGGGCGAGCUGUUGGAACUGCGGAACCAGGAGAUAGGGAAAUUGGAGAACGAACACGAACGUGACCUAGAUGAGGAGAAACUUGCGAAACUCAGCGAGAUCAAACUGACCAAACAACAUUCCGCGAGAAUUAAAGCCAUGAAGAUGGAACUGGACAAGGAGUUCGACGAAGUACGCUCUCAGUUGCGGGUGCAGCAGAGGGAGAGCAUUUCGAAAAUCACGGAGAAGCACGAGAAACGCCUGGUUGAAAUUCUACGCGAUUUUAGAAUCAACGAGGAUCGCACUCGCAAGAUGUACAAACAGCGUUUGGAGGAGAUCCGUGCCGAUUUCUCGCGCGAGGCUGAGAAAGAAGCGAAGAAGCAGACGGGAAGAGCGAUUCAUCAAGAGAGCAUCGAAUUCGAAAAGAUGCGCUGCGAAAAGCGACUGCUGCAAGACAAAUACAUAGCGUUGAAGGAGAAGUAUAUGAAGUUGAAGAAGGAGGUUCGUUCGGCUAUCGAGAGGAGGAGCAAAAGGAAGGAAGGAUACACCACGGCCUCGGAGACCGAGAGGUCAACGUCCACGAGAACGAGAACCGACAGAACCGAAUCGUCCGAACAAAAUAACCCACUACGAAACGCGCACUCGAGCUCGGCGACGACGAACAGUAAAGCGCACGAGACUCAGACGACCACGAGCGAGCAGUCGGAAAAAUUACACGAUCCGAACGAACCGAACGCUCAGAAGGCGAACUCGGGGUUUCAGAAGAGCGCAGCUACGUCGAACGCGAAGAACGUGAGAUUCCAUUCCGACGACACGAGCAUCGCCAGCGAGACGAACGCGAACACCACCACCACGCAGAAGAAUAUUAGCAAGAAAAUGACCACCACCGCGAAACCUACCGCUGCCACCGGAAACAAUAUUAAUAACAAUAACAACAAUCUCGAGAAUCCGGUUGAGAAUAUUAGGAAGCAAUUGGAAAAGCUCGAGGAUCUCGCACCAGUGAACGCCUCUUCGGAGCUGGAGUUCUUCCGGCAUCGAAUUCACGUCGAAAGAGAUUCAGUGAAGAGGGCUCGGGAGGCACUUCGUCACCAAGAAAACGUGUUCCAGGGACGACAGAGGGCUUGGAAGCAACGCAGCGUUCGAGCAUCCCUCGAGCAAUUAAUUCAGGAGGAACGCGAGCUCUCGGACAUGGAAGUGAAUUUGCAUCGAACCAAAAGCCUUCUGGGCGAGAAAGUGAUCCAUUUGAGGCAUUUGGAACAAUCCCUGGAAAGAGUGGUUAAUGCCAAAACCAACGAAAACGACGCAACUGCGGCAAAAAACGAAGAAUUGACGUUGAGCGAUAUGUCCAGCGUGAGCAGUGGUAUCAGUUCAACCGAUUUGGCAACCGACGCGUUCAUAGACAAACCGGAUCACUACCAGGAGUCCACGGAAAUCAUUGCCAACCUGGAAAACCUAAACUCGGAAAUACGUGAGAUCUGGGGCGUGCUGAAUAAACGCCAGGACACGAACGUACCACCGCCGCCAACUUUGAUGUAUUCUUAUUUGCGAUGGCUACGUUUCCAUCAUCUUACGGCCGAAUCGAAUAACAUACAAGGGACAUUCGGCACCCCGAAUAUUCAAUCGAACAUUCUGUCUCAGUUAACGCAACCACCAACGCCUAACACGCAAAACAUCAUCGCCCAAUAUGGCCCUAACAGCGGUUUCACCACCAGCGUUUGCACCGUUGAUAAAAAUUCCUCGAACCUGAUGGAGAGAACGUGGAAUCUACGGGAAUGGCUGCGACAGACUUGUGUCGAGAGCAAAGAUCAGUCCAGGUCGAACGACACUAUAAAAAACGGCCCACAGUCCAUCGAAAAGUUUGGUUCCAAACGGCAUACGCUAGGCGAUUCCGGUACCCGUUUUGUUGACGUAGAUUCUAUGUAUCUACACGUGUUUCUAAACCAGUUCAAGAAAACGUGUUUUCGUUAAUCGUUCUUUUUGUCUUAUAUAUCGUAGUACAAGUCGUUUGGAAGCGAGAGUUUCGAUCGAAAUUUCGUCGUUAAAUGAGUUUGGAAUCGCGUGCCCGUCUUGGCCGAGUCUAUUGUGCUGAUUCGAGAACCUCCUUUUUGUUUGUUCCUAUCGAGUUCAGUUCGUUUCAUCGCUGAAGCUACGACAAAGACUGCAACGAGGCGCGGACGUUUACAGAACAGCAACAGAGUCGUCGCCUCGAGCCAUCUAAUCCGAACACGACAGCCUCUAAUGCGGACACGAGCCUCGAGGCGACGCUGUUGCAACGUGACGUUUUCAAGACGCUCGGUUGCAUCGUUCCUUAAAACUAUAUACCCGGGACAGCAGCCUACUGGACGAUACGAUUAUUAUUUCGCCCAGAGAUUUCGUCAGGCACUGUUCGUUUAAUAGUUAACUUUAACAUUGCAGUGGAUGACCAUGUAAAAGCGGAAGACUUUCGUAAAGGGAAACGAACGAAUCAUCGCGCCGUUCAGCAUGCGAAGUCGCUCGUGAGUCGUUGAGGAAGCGAGCUGAAUUGCGCGAGUUUGCGCGAGUUUGCGCAAAGGACAGGCGUUAGGCGCGGCGAAGUUCUCUGCUCUGUGUAAAUAAGAAUUUCUCGAUAGCCGUAUUCUCGAUACGAUCCGCUGGUUCCUUUCGCUCCUCCCCCCUCUCCAGCCCCCCCCCCGAACAGUCUGUUUGAAUCUUUAUAUAUAUUUUCGAGAUGGAUUUUUCCGUGUAAUGUAACGAGAAUGUAUAAUAUGCGUACAUCCUAUAUCGUAUAUACGUUUACUAUAAAUAUACAUGUAUCGGAUAUUUCGAAUUAUUUGACGUAAAAUAAUCGCGUUUGAGACGGAUAUGUGAUAAAACCGACGCGUCAUCUUCGACGUACGAGAAGUGUCGAACCGGUUUUCCUUUUAUCAGAUCAGUAUGUGAUAUGUGAAUCAAAAUUGUCAACGGAAAGACUUAGCUUUUGUAUCGAGUUACUUGAUCAUUGUGUACAUUGUAAGUCCCACGCCGCACUUAGGCAGAGAUUCAUAGACGAUUUUUCGACGAUUUGUCGACAACUUCAUCGAACUUCGAACUUGGAGCGCGUCCGAAGUUCUCUGCUGCGUUUACCAUGAUGUCCCUCAAAUGCCAAACUUUCAUAAUUAUCGACUUUGUAAACUGACUCACGCAUAAUUACGGUGUACACACCGUACGUAAGGGAAACGUAGAGAAAGUCCGUUUCUGGAUCGAUCGAUCACCAGAAGCGACUAACAAUUAACAAUAUCGUAUCGAUUCGUUGAUUUUAGAAACGUUCAAUCGACAUUUAAUCUUCGACAGCAUAUAGGCCGCAAUAAUUCUGAUCUCAUUAGGUGUAUAGUGUAGAGCGAUUAAGGUUUCUACACUGUGAAACGUGACAGUAUACAUUUGAAAGUCUGUGACACGUGGCUACAUCGUAGAAAAUUCCCCGGUAAUUUCGCGAGAAAACUUGUUUCAAAGUAGUAGUUGCUCGAACGGUUCCUUCUUCCUUGUUACAAUCUUGUCAUUGACAUUUCAUUCGAUAUUCUUUUACUUAGCAAGCGGUCUUGAUAUUAAUCGAUGUUCCGUAAGAACAGCGAUCGAACAACCUAUAUGGUUGAUUUUGUAUCGAUUAAAUAAUGCCGAUAGGACAUUGAGUCGAUAUUCGGGGAUUGUAGGCUCACUUUAAGACGUUCGACUUGCGAAUAUUUCAAAAAGUAGAGAUUUUUCAUUAGCACCGUCCCUACGAAUUAUCAUACCGGCUACCUUUCUCCGUGAAAGGCACGGUGUCGUCAACGUUUCAUUGCUUCGAAAGUUGGUAAAUUAAGACGUUACAUCAGGAUGGUCCUAUGGUUAUUUAAUCAGUCAAAAGGUGCUGCAGUGCAAUAAUUUGCGAAUAGUUCGUUUCCUAAAAACUCGAUUUCGCAGUUUCGUUACGUAACCGGAUUACUGUGUCUCUCGCACAAUGCGUUUUACACGAGACGUUAUCGAUGAAUACUCUGUUAAUCACCGCUGAAGAUCCGCGAGUCGACGCGUUCAACACUCUGGCAACGCGAUCGAGAUUACUUUAUCGAGAUUCCAUACACCACGAUCAUACACGUUUUCUUGUGUAACGUAACAAGAGACAAAUGUUGUUUGUAAAAAUUAAACGACUUGAAGCAAUAUGAUUUUAUUUGAGAUAAUUGGGACGGGUUCGCUCGCAGCCAUCUUGUGUAUGGCUCGAGGUACAAGGGGAUAUUAUCAAACUUAAUUCACCGGUAUUUGUUUCAAAUAAAUGGGACAUACUUGAAGAGGAGACGAUAGUUUUGACUUCACUACUCUCUUCUUUUUCGUUCAUCGACGCGCACUUCUGGAACGUUACCGGAAACGUCAGGGACGUUACUUCGUUACAACGUUCAGUAAAUUAAUUUUGGAAUACCUUGUAUAUUCUGUAAUAUAGUAUAUAUUUGUAUGGACGCAAAUAUAUAUGCUACGUGCAAACCAACACCUUGAUCCCCAAGCAAUAUUUCCAUAUUACACGCAGCUGCAUAUUACAGUUUUUAAAGAAGUCUCAACUAUUUUCCUUUCGAACUGACACGCGAAUUUAGUCUCGUAGUGUAUCCUCUGAGAAAUUCCUGCAUCAUCUCUGUCGUCGUUUCUCUCUCGAUCGAGUUCGCAGCGAAUAAAGUUAAAUAAACUACACAAGCCGAUAUCAAUAGGCUAUUUUUAGGAAAAUAAACUGCAGUCGGUAUGCGUGUUUUCGCAUCCGUCGCUGUUUUCCUCGAACUCGUCUCUGCUGGGCAACCAGGCAGUCAGUCGACGCGGUUUAACGCGGGCUUCAUUUUUUAGGAAACUCUGCGCCGCUGUUAUCACCGGGGAGAUUUUACACACGAGCAAUCGAGUACACGCCGAAUCGGUACCGUCUAUUCUCUCGAUCAAUCGGCUCGGCAGAUUUUCAUCGUACGCUUGCUCGAUCAAGUCCUGUAUCUGAAAAGAAAGUGUCCUUGUUAUCUCGCAACCCUCUAUACUUUCUAUAUCUUCGUUUUUUAUAUUCAAAUUGACUCACUCUCUCGCUCUUGCUCUCCGUGAUAAGUUUAGCUGGAUUCCAAGAUGAGGUAUCAGCCUCGUCUUCCAAAUUCCUGCCGAUAUUUCCCUUUGCAGCUUUCAGAUCGAACAACGAACUUAUCUGCAAUCGUCGACGAAAGUUCGUGAUUAUUUCAUAUGGAAAGGUCGCGUAAUAAUGGAUAAUUUGCGGAUAAUUUGCGGACCAUUUGCGCAAGAAAUAUAACACUGUUCACGGCAAUGGCUGUUACUUUCUGCGAGUCCAAGCCGAACAGGCGAAAGAACGCGGACAUGACGUUCGAAGGGCCAAAGUUUUCUUUCUCCCCUGUUCCGUCAUCCUCUCCUUGUUUUUCCUUCGGUUUACCACUUAAACUCCUCGCAACCAGAUCAGCGAUAUUCUUCGCAGUCUCCAGAUAAUUCGUCGCGUAUUCCAACCCUGUUUUUAUCUUGUCGAGGACACCUACGAAUUGAAGCAGUUAACGAACUGCUCGAUUGAUCGAGUCAUACGCUCAAACUUUACAACCAACCGUCGUCCUCUUGAGGUAAACCGGAGGCACAGAUCACUAUAGUAGUAAUGCAGAAGGAAACGCGUAAAAUCUUCUCCAUCGUAUCGCGGCCGAGGCUUUCUCACCACUGAGAAUUACACUCGACCUGGUUCUAACGGAUGUUAAUUACUCGUUCAUUUCCGCCUUGUUGAUCUGUCACGUUCUUGUUCCGAGUUUGCCGCGUUGAUGACAACGAUUUUCGCUCUGUCGACCAAGCACGAGAGACAGGAUCUGUAGAUUCUAGGAGAGGAAUUGUUUCUCGUUACCUUUCCGAACUAGUACGAAACGAACUUUGUCGGACGUGGAACGUGUCGUUUAAAACGCGUCUCGGAAAUUGUAAACUAUAUAUCGUUUAGCAUGAGCAGCAACGCGAUAUCGUUUCUAUUGGUAUCUCUCUGCUUGAAAGUUGCAUCGGCAAACCGAACGUCGUUUUACACGCAGGAAGUGUAUUGUUUGAGCGAACUGCCGAUGAGCGAAUUGAUUCAAAUAAAGUCUUCUCUCGCGGACGAAGGAGGUAAACUGUUUUAAAUCUUAACACUGCAACUACCAGAGUGGUCAAAAUGAUCAAUUUAUAAUUUUUGUUAGACAUUUUGAUAGACGUAGAGCAGCAUAUCUUUAAAUUUAUUAUUUAUAUUAUAGAUUUUUCGUAUAUAAAUAUAUAAAUAAAUAU